AUGCCUCCUGUGAGCCACAACCUCAAGUCCCUCCCCGUCUUGGCCGUGUCCCCACAGCGUGCAAGGACUGUAGAAGGAAGCACAAAAAAUGUGUCAAUGGAGUACCAUGUUGAUAUCCGGAGAUUCAUCAGCUUCGUGCCCAUGGAGAAGGGCGAAUUCUGCCGUAUCCAGUCGAAAAUAGGGCAGCCUGAUCAAAACGAAAUGGUCCAAUCCGGAGCCCAGGAUGGUGAAAUACACGAACAGCAGCAUCACGAACAGCAGGGCGAACAGCGAUUGGACUAG